AUGGCCUCCACCUUGGAGCAUCUAGCGAAGCUGCUCAGCGACACCCUGGAUGCGCAACAACACCGUAAAGCCGAGAAUUCCCUCAAAGAAGAGGCGAAGAAGCACAACUACUCGCUCUCGCUCCUGACCAUUGUGAGCACCGCCGCUCAGCCCCUCAAAACCCGCCUUGCCGCCGCCCUCGCAUUCAAGAACUUCAUCCGCCAUAACUAUGUGGACGAAGAGGGCAACUACAAGCUUCCCCUGGACGAGGUGCAGACAAUCAAGAAGGAGCUCGUCGGUCUCAUGAUCUCUUCUCCACCCUCAAUACAGACCCAGCUCGGCGAGGCCAUCAGCAUCAUUGCCGAUUCCGAUUUCUGGGAGCGCUGGGACACACUGACCAAGGACCUGGUCGACCGUCUCUCCAAUACCGAUUACAAAGUCACAAACGGCGUGUUGGAGGUUGCACAUUCCAUCUUCGUGCGAUGGCGGCCGCUAUUUCAGUCCAACGAGCUCAACAGAGAAGUCCUGCAUGUCGUGGGGACAUUUGGCGAGCCCUUCAUUCAGAUGCUGAGCAUUGCGGAUCAGCAAAUCGAGGCAAACAAAGACAAUGCCGACGCACUCAAGGGCUGGCUUGACACCAUGAGUCUGUUGACAAGGAUCCUGUACGACCUCUCAUGUCAGGACAUUCCGCCCGUCAUUGAGACCCACCUGCAACCCAUCACGGUUCUCCUCCACAAGUACAUGAGCUACACGAUUCCCAUCUUUGAUGACGAGGAAGACGAGGCCACGCCGCUCGAGACGCUCAAGGCCGAUAUUUGCGAUGCUCUUCAGCUAUUCACCAACAAGUACGACGACGAUUUUGGCCAGUACGUUCAAGAUUUCACAAACAACGUCUGGAAUGUGCUGUCAAGUGUCGGACCUGAGAAGAGGUACGAUAUCCUCACAAGCAAGGCGCUGCAGUUUCUGACGGCCGUGGCCUCGGUCCGCCGCCAUGCCGAAAUCUUCAACGACGAACAAAUCUUGGGCACCAUCGUGGAGAAGGUAAUUCUUCCCAACGUGGCGCUGAGGGAGUCAGAUAUCGAGAUGUUUGAGGAUGAGCCUAUCGAGUUCAUCCGGCGGGAUCUCGAGGGCUCCGACACUGACUCGCGCAGGCGAGCGGCCACCGACUUCCUGCGAAAGCUGCUCGAGAAUUUCGAGGUGCUCGUCACACAGGUAGUUUUCGGGUACAUCAACCACUACCUUGCGGCUGGUAAGACGGAUUGGAAGGCAAAGGAUACGGCCGUUUACCUAUUUCUCGCCAUUGCCGCGAAGGGCGCCGUUACCGCGGCCCACGGAGUCAAGACGGUCAAUAGCUAUGUCAAUGUUGUUGAGUUCUUCGAGCAAAACAUCGCUGCGGACCUCCUCUCGGAAACCACCGAGCCGAUUGCGAAGGUCGAUGCCAUCAAGUACCUGUACACAUUUCGGAGCCAGCUCAACAAGGCUCAGUGGGCGAGCGCCAUUCAACCUCUGAUUCAGAAUCUGGCCUCGUCCAAUUACGUCGUCUACACCUAUGCCGCUAUUGCCGUCGAGAGAGUCCUUUUCUUGACCGACGAGCAGGGACAGCACUUGUUCCCGAGGAACGAUAUUCAGCCGUAUGCUCGGGAUUUGUUGGAGCAUCUGUUUGCCCUGGUCGAGAAAGAUACAUCUGCUGUCAAGCUUCAGGAGAAUGAGUUCCUGAUGAGGUGCAUCAUGAGGGUGUUGAUUGUCAUGAAGGAAGGCAUCCUCGAGUGUGGUGCAGAGAGCGUCCUCAAUCACCUGAUCAGCAUCACAAAUGUGAUCAAGGAGAACCCCAGCAACCCGCGCUUCUACUACUACCACUUUGAGGCAAUCGGAGCCCUCGUAAGGUAUUGCAGCAACUCCCCCAAGUUGGACAUGCUUCCUCGGCUGUGGGUGCCGUUUGCUGCCAUCCUUUCCGAGGAUGUCUCUGAGUUCAUUCCCUUCGUCUUCCAGAUAUUUUCCAUGCUCCUUGAGCUCAACCCCUCGAAUCAAGUGCCUGGUGAUUUCAAGAUGCUUAUCGAGGUCGUUCUGGCCCCGAGCCCGUGGGAGACGAGAGGCAAUGUACCGCCCUUGUCCAGAUUCAUUGCGGCUAUCAUUCCCAAGGCGGCGGAGGAAAUCAAGGCUGAAAAGAAACUGGAGCCCUUCCUCGCCAUCUUCCAGCGCCUGCUGGCCGGGAAGAAGACGGACCAGAACGCCUUCGAUAUCCUCGAGGCAAUCGUUGGCACAUUCCCUGGGGAUGUUUUGGACCCGUACUUCGGGACCAUCCUCACGCUCAUCUUUACCAAGCUGCAGACGAGCCCAACCGACUCAUACAAGAGCCGCGUGGCCCGCCUGUACCACCUCGUUUCGGCUCGAGCCGGUGAAGCUAAGAUGGGCGCCGACUACUUUAUUGCGCACGCCGAGGCCAUCCAACAGAACGUCUUCACUCCCUUCUACCUCACCGUCAUCCUUCCCACGACGGGUCAGUUCGCCCGCCCCGUCGACCGCAAGCUCGGUGUUAUCUCAUACACCAAGACGCUGUGCGAGUCAAAGCAAUUUGCCGAGCGCUAUCAGAAGGGCUGGGGCUUCACAUGCAACAAUCUGCUCGACCUGCUGAAGAACCCGCCGCGUGUGGCUGCCGGGUUUGGUGACGAGAUUGUCAACGAGGCGGAUGUCGACGACAUUGGCUUUGGCGUAGGGUUUACGCCGCUGAACACGUGCAAGCGUGGUGCGCGCGACGACUUCCCGGAACUCGUUGAGGUGGACAAGUGGGUGAGCCAGUACCUGAAGGAGGCGAACCAGCGGCAUGGCGGGGCAAUUGCCAGCUUCGUGGAGCAGCGGCUGUCGCCCGAGGCGAAGGCCGCUUUGGCAUCGUACCUUGUUUGA